GAAACUGGGCCCACUCUACUCGGCGGUGGGACCCACUAUUGGGAGCCACGGUAACCAUAUGACCCUCGGCGCAGAGGAUCUAGAGGUGGCGCAAAAAUUUAGAGCCCACCCUCUUGCCUUUGGUUUCAGAAAAUACAGAGGGGAAGCAGAAGGGAGCAAAAACCCUAGCAAGUAGAGGAUGAUCUCAAACAUCAAGUUUCUCAACACAGUAUCGAAUGUGCCUGGCAUUGUGUUGGGGCUAUUUGGGCUGAUAAAUGCAUUGAGACAAGGGUUUGAGAAGCGGUUUAGUGUGCUUCAUAUUUCCAAUAUCAUACUUGCCAUUGGAAGCAUCUUGCACCAUUCAUCCCUGCAACGCCUGCAACAGCAAAGUGAUGAAACGCCAAUGGUAUGGGAAAUGCUCCUAUACAUCUACAUUCUCCACUCACCGGACUGGCACUACCAGAGUACAAUGCCCACCUUCUUGUUCCUAUAUGGAGCGGCAUUUGCCAUUGUCCAUUCACAGGUUCACUUUGGAAUUGGCUUCAAGAUACAUUAUGUGAUUCUGUGUCUUCUCUGUAUUCCUCGGAUGUACAAGUACUACAUCCACACACAAGAUAUGUCUGCAAAGCGGCUUGCAAAAUUACAUUUAGGUACUUUAUUCAUAGGGAGUCUCUGUUGGCUUUCUCAUCGAUUGUCCCACAAGGAUAGCUCGCACUGGUAUUUCAGCCUCCAAGGUCAUGCUUUAUGGCAUGUCUUGAUGGGGUUUAAUUCAUAUUUUGCGAACGCAUUUCUGAUGUUCUGUCGUGCUCAGCAACGGGAGUGGAAUCCAAAAGUAGUUCACUUUCUGGGUCUUCCAUACGUGAAGAUUCAGAAACCAAAGAUACAGUGAGAAUUUUGUGCAAGGAGAUAGAAGUCUCCUUUAUUGAUUCUGAGAUGAGUGUAUGGUUUUGAACAGGUGAGCACAGGGAAUAUGUAACAGUCCAAUUUUUGUUUUUUUGUUUUUUUGGUUUUUUUUUAUGCCAUAAUAUAAAAUUUCCCAUCUUUUCCAAAUUUGGAUAUAAAUGAUGAUUCAAUA